UUUUCGCACCAACAUCCUCUUUUAUUUUGACAAGUCGUCCCGGAACCAGUUUCCCCCUCCAACCAGACGUUUAACCAUAAGUCGGUCUCCUCCGCUUCCUCCUGCCUGCCUCUGGUGCUCUCCGCUGAGCUACAUCGGCCGAGUCUCACCGCAUACCGUAACUACAUGCCAGAUGAUGCACUGAGGGUGGGUUUUAAUUGUACCACCCGCUAUGCAGUGCAGGUGCUCGGCGCUCGACUGGUAGCCGUUUGUCUGGUGAGAAAGGCCCGAGAUCAGACUCCAGGAAGCUGAAGAAAAAAAAAACUGUGAGAGCAGACAGACAGGAGGCCACGGUUUCCCCCUCAAACACACACACACAUCACUGGGGCCUUGAUGGUGAUGUAUGCAAGGAAACCAACAAGAGUCAGCGAUGGGUGCAACGACAGAAGGGAUUCUCAGUCCUAUCAGGCCCAUAAAUCUCACCCAAAGAGCCAGUCCAGCAGCCUUCACCGCUACACCAAGGUGCGCGACGGUUCGUCAGAACCCAUACCUCCGUACAAGGUGCUGCGACGCUCCGACGAGAGUCCUGUCAGCAGGCAAGGGGAUGCUAUCGGGCAGCAUGGCAAGGCCAAAACCUCCUUCCCUAUUCGCGGAAAAAACGGGACCAGCGGCUCACCUCAGGAGGCCUCUCACAACAACAGCUCCCACCAAGGCGCUGAAACUCACGCGAGCCAGAGCAAGCCUGCAGAACGAGACCCUGCCGACGACUGGACAGAACACAUUAGCUCCUCCGGCAAGAAGUACUACUACAACUGUAGAACUGAAGUCUCCCAGUGGGAGAAGCCCAAGGACCUGCUGGAGAGGGAACAGCGACAGAAAGACUCGGCCAAGAUGGCGGCAAACAGUUUCCCCAAGGAUAUGGACUACAGACAAGAGGCCUUGCAGGACAAAGCCACGACUAAGACGACAUCAGCGGACCAAUCCACGCCAUCAAACAGCGGCCAUUCCUCCUCCCUCUCUUCUUCUCAGAACCCAAACUCUGCAGCCGGCCCGUUAGGCUCCGCCCCGUCCAGCAUGUCCUCUUCCUCGUCGGCAGCGCCACCGGCGGCUCAGAGCGCACAGUCGCAGUCGUCUGCGUUGCUUCAGGACCCGGCCCUCUUGCAUCAGCUCCUACCGGCUCUGCAGGCGACUCUGCAGAUGAACAACGGCAGCAUGGACAUGGCCAAGCUCAACGAAGUCCUGGCGGCUGCUGUCACCCAGGCUUCCUUGCGGUCUGUGCUUCAUAAGCUCCUCGCUGCUGGACCCGCUUUCAACGUCUCUGCUCUGCUCUCAGCUGCGCAGCACUCCAAUCAAGCCCAGCACUCCAGUCAGUCCCCGGUCUCCGCGACAACAGAUUCGCCAUCCCCCCACCCAUACGUCUCGCCACGGAACGGCACGCCCCAGAACAGCCAGAAGCCCCUUCUGGGCAUGCAUAUCGGCAGCGUCACACCCUCACAAGCUAGAGGUGGGAUGGCAUCAGGAAAGCAGGGAUCAGCGUCUUUGUGUCAGACAACAGAAAAGCGUCCAGAGGACCCAAGGACUCUUCAGAGAAGCAGUAGCAGUGGCGGUGGUGGCAGCGGCCAAACCCAAUCGGACCCCCCCGGCUCCUUCACUCCCACCCUGGCGACUCAUUUCGAUGAAACCCUCAUCCGACACAUCCAAGGGUGGCCUUCAGAGAACACAGAGAAACAGGCGGCUCGGUUGCGAGAGGACUUCCACAACAUGGGCAGCCUGUACAUGUCUGAAAUCUGCACGGAGAUGAAGAACCUCCGCUCUCUGGUCAGAGUGUGUGAAAUCCAGGCUACGCUGAGGGAACAGAGAGUCCUGUUUCUGAGGCAGCAGAGCAAAGAGCUGGACAAACUGAAGAACCAGAACUCCUACAUGGUGUGAGGACCUGAGAGAGCCUGUGAGCGGAAACGGCUGAAAUAUGGACAGCAAGCCGCUCCGGAAUGUUUUCAAAAGGCUACAGCCGAGUCCCCUGCCCCCUCCUCCCUUUUUUUUUUCUCUUUUUCCCUCUUUUAGUUUUAACUUUAAAACAUUUUUCAGUGUCCCGCCACUUUGACUGGUUGGUCUGAAAAGGCCAGACCUCGUGGUUUAGACACGUGGACACAGAGGACCUGUGAUUACUGGCAGACAGCACCUUCUCGGACCACGGAGCUCGAAUUGUGUGUAUCAUAUUGGGUGAAGUUGUUUUCCGGCGUGUUUUUUUUUUUUUUGUUUGUUUUUGUUGUUUUUUUGUUAUUUUUGACGUGUAGUGUUGAGGACAAGAUUUAAAAAUAGACAUCGUGAACGUUUCCGCAACACCUCUGUGGGUCGAUGAACGACGCUAUUCGUCGCACUUCUAAAACAGACUUUCUCGUACAUUUAAAACUUACAGAUUCUCACUGAUAGCUUUUCUUUUUUUUUUUAAUUCACUAUACUUAGAAAUUGUUUUGCCAUCCUGUUGUGAUUUGAGAGGAUAUGACAUCCGUUUUCUCAGUUGGAAGCAUUCUGAUUAAAGGAUACAUGCAGUGACCGCCUGUGACACUGA